AAGUUCAAACUUAAGUUUUUAAACACCCUCUAUCUUUUCAACCAAAUCGAUUAGGAUUUCAUACAUCAAAAGCAAAAUGAAAGAGGUAUUUGUAAUAUAUUGACUUUGUAAUUUAAUUUCACUAAAGAACAUGUGAUUCUGCAUUAAUCAAUUGAAUGUCAACGAUAAUAGUAAUUUGUAAAAGCAUAUUCUUAUAAUCUUAUGUGUUUGACUUUACUUAAUGGCGUUACACUGUCAUUAUGAAUAUGCCAAACCUAAUAAAUCGUAAAGGACACAACUUUGUUCAAAUCCUUAUCAAAUCAAAUUACAAAACCACCCACUGUAUGAACUUGUAUAUAUAGGUAGCUGAAUAUCAAAGUAUCCCUUUCUUUCAUUUCAUGCUUUGAUUUCAACUCAUUUGUUCAAUAUCGUCUUAGCUUUCUUCCCUUUUCCCUUUUCUUGAAGAAUUGCAGGUAAAUUAUUUCCAUUACAAUAUCUUGGUUUUAUUGUUUAUAGGUUUAUUACAGCAUACAUACUUUGUUAAGGUUGUUCUUUGUUUAAUGAAUGUUCUCAUGGUGGUGUUUAAGCAUCACAACCUUGUAUAAAAAAGGGAUCUUGCAGGUUGGAGUUUUCUUUCUUUAGUUCCUCUAUUUUUCUCUAGGAUUUUUUUUUGUGUGUGUGUGUGUGUGUGUGAAUCAGUUAUUCCAUUCUUGGUUUUUCAAUAAAAAGAUUGCUACUUUGAAAUAUGUUAUAAAUUCCUCACAAAAUUUCAAGUGUUCUGAUUUCCAUUGCCCUUUUUUCUCAAUCUUAAUCAGGUAUAAUAAUCAAUUCCCUUCCCCUCUUUAGCCAAUUUUCGCACCCACAAUCAAAAUGCCUCCAUCAAACAGCACAACAAACGACGAAUCCGACGAUCAAGAAUCGGAACCCUUUGUGGAGAUGGACCCCACGGGCCGAUUCGGGCGUUACUCCUCCCUCUUAGGAAGUGGGGCCGUCAAGAAAGUGUACCGUGCAUUCGAUCAGCGGGAAGGCACUGACGUGGCAUGGAACCAAGUCCGCCUCAGAAACUUCAGCAGCGAUCCAACGGUCAUCAUUAGGCUCCGAUCCGAGAUCGAGCUUCUCAAGACUCUUGAUAAUGAAAACAUUAUUGUUAUGUACCAUUUCUGGAAAGAUGUGGAGCAUAAUACUUUCAAUUUUAUUACGGAGGCUUGUGCUUCCGGAAACUUGAGGGACUACCGGAAAAGGCAUCGGCACGUUUCGAUUCAGGCGCUGAAAAAAUGGGGUGUGCAGAUUCUUAGGGGAUUGGAGUAUCUACAUACUCACGAGCCUUGCGUUAUUCAUCGAGAUUUGAAUUGUAGUAAUAUUUUCAUCAAUGGCAAUAUUGGCAAGGUGAAGAUCGGGGAUUUGGGAUUGGCCACAAUGGUCGGAAAGAACCACGCGGCCCACUCAUUAUUAGGAACACCCGAGUACAUGGCCCCGGAGCUCUACGAGGAGAACUACACAGAACUGGUCGACAUAUACUCUUUCGGUAUGUGCUUACUUGAAAUGGCCACUUGCGAGAUACCCUACACCGAAUGUGACAGCCUCGUCAAGAUUUACAAGAAGGUGACCAGUGGGGUGAUGCCACGUGCCAUGGACAAAGUCACACACCCCGACCUCAAAUCCUUCAUCGAAAAGUGCGUCGGCCAGCCCAGAUCGAGACCCUCGGCCUCCGAUCUCCUCAACGACCCAUUUCUCGCUGAUGUCAUCAACAACAACACAGACGAAAACGACGUUUAACUCAAAUAUAUAUUAUUUCGUGAUUAUUUGUACUUACAAGAACAAGUUGUAAAAUCAUCAUCUAUAUAUCCCACAUAUGUGGUAAUAGAAAUUUAUUUGGAA